AUGUCGUCGCCUGCCUCGUCCAAACGCAAGCGGAGCUCCUCGCAUCUACACCCGCAGCACCAGCAGCAGCCCGCAGAGCUCCAGCCUACGUCCCGCGACGCUUCCGGUGAAGAAACAGCUACAUGUACGCCGAAGAAGGAGAAAGGCAGUGUCAAUGCCGCCGCUGCUGCUGCUUCUGUAGAGGUGCCACCCUCAAAGCGGGCUCGAAGACGGUCGGUGGCUGCAGACGGCGCGUCGGCGAGCACCAGCAGCUCGAGGACAAGGACAAGCAACAUUGACCCCGGCGAGCCGUCCGAGACGACGGAGGCGAGCGUCGAUAUCGAGAAUAGGGUGAAGCGGAGGGUUGAGACUCGACAGGCUCAGGCUCAGGCUCAGGCGCAGGCUCAAACUAAGGCCCAGGUUCCGGCUCAGGUGCAGAUGAAGCCAGCUACGCAUGCGGGAAUCCAGGAUCCAAAGGGCUAUCAUACCAAUCCGCCGCCGACAGAUAGGCCGGUCAGAGUCUACGCGGAUGGCGUCUUUGAUUUGUUUCAUCUAGGGCAUAUGAGACAGCUGGAACAGGCAAAGACGCUGAUUCCAAACACGUACCUGAUAGUCGGCGUGACGGGGGACGCAGAAACACAUAAACGAAAGGGCCUGACGGUGCUGAACGAGGUAGAGAGAGUAGAGACUAUCCGCCACUGUAAGUGGGUGGACGAAGUUAUUCCCAAUUGCCCCUGGAUAGUCACCCCGGAGUUCCUGGAAGAGCACCAGAUCGACUACGUCGCCCACGAUGACCUGCCGUACGGAGCGGACGAAGGAGACGAUAUCUACUCUCCCAUCAAGCAGAUGGCAAGUUCCUCGUCACCCAGCGGACGGAGGGCGUCAGUACUACCGGCAUCAUCACUAAGACACCUGCUAAUUUUGGUUGCUUGUUUGUAUAAGGGGCUUCGGGACUACGACAAGUAUAUAGCCCGCCAGUUCAAGCGAGGAGCGUCCAGACAGGAACUGAACGUCUCGUGGGUCAAGAAGAACGAGCUCGAGAUCAAACGCCAUGUCACCGAGCUGCGUAACGCCAUCAAGAACAACUGGUCGACUACGGGACAGGAACUCAGCAAGGAGUUCCGCCACCUAUGGCAGAACAGCCGUCCUACAAGCCCAACUCGAGACUCCGGGCCCAACUGGGGGUCUGCUGCGGCAUCUCGAGCUCAUCUGCAGGUUGAUCCGCCCAGCAGGCCCGAAAGCCCCGGUGUUGCUGGCCGAAGCGAGGAUUUUGCUACUGGUUACUCCCUCGGACUGAUUGGAGGCGUCCGUUCGUGGAUGAUGAGGAGCAGGACCUCGCUGCAUAACACGGCCAGCCAGCCUGUGUCACCGUCCGGCAGCGACGAGGAGACGGACCGACACGCCUCCUCCUCCGCAGCCACCGGAAAAGAGUGA